AAAUUUAUUUAUUUAUUUAUGAUUUCAGAAUCGCUACAGUCAAGUUCAACAACGCUCUGAUAAAAUGGAAAUGGAGAUGAUGGAAAAUAGGAUGUUUAGAUCUCCGGAAAUCAAUGGUGAUCUCUCAGAUGAAGAUGAAACUGAUGGGAAAAGCUCCAUUUACAAGCAAAAGUAUGAAAGAGCAGUGAGAGACAUGGAAAUCAUGAAACGAAGAAUGCAACAGCUACAAGAAGAAGAAAUGGAACAGAAAGCGAUGAUGAAGAAAGCUUCUGAAAAGAGGCUGGCUGAUGCAUUAGAAGAUGUUGAGGAAGAACGCCAAGUUGCAAAUCAAUGGAAGCGUAAAGCUCAGAAACUAGGGGCAGAACUACAAGAUCUAAGACUAAUGCUUGAAGAGCAAAUGGGACGAAAUGGAGAACUUGAAAAGAAACAGAGGAAGUUUGAUGCAGAGCUAAGUUCUGCCCAAGAGGAAAUAAAAAAGGAAAGAAUAUUAAGAGAUAAAUUGAUGAGAGAGAAAGACCAAGCUAUUAGUGAAAAGUACACUUUGGAGCAAGAGCUUCAGUCUAUGAAAAUGGAUUCUGAUAUGUUUCAUGAAAAAAUAUCUCAACUAAACAGAGAAUUAGAUGAAUUGACAUUAAGCAGUAAAGGUGAAGAAGAAGUAACCCAAUUGAAACGGACCAAGCAAGAACUGGAACGCAAAGCAAGGGACCAAGAAGAAGAGCUUGAGGAAUUGGCUGCCCAGGUUCAAAUGCUUGAGCAAGCUAAGUUGAGACUUGAAAUGUCUUUGGAAAAAGUUCGUCAAGAGCAUAGACGAGAAGCUUCUGUUCGGGAAGAGGAAAUUGAAGAAAUAAGAGCAAGCUUUUCAAAAAAAAUUAAAAAUCUUGAAGCACAACUUGAAUCAGAACAAGACGAGCGUCAUCAAUUGAUGAAACAAAAGCACGAGUUAGAACGGAGGAUCUAUGAACUAGCUGACCAACCACCUCCUCAAGAUCCAGAAAUCGAGAGGCGUCUGCGCAGAGAUCUGAAACGUACAAAAGCACUUCUGAGGGAUGCCCAGUCUAUGCUAGAACACACCAGGGAAGGUCAAUCCAGUAAAACUCUGAUAAGGCAGCUUAAGAAUCAGCUUGAGGACUCUGAGUUUGCAAAAGUCACAGCCGUCAAAGCCCGACAAGCAAUUGAAGCUGAGCUGCAAGAAUGCCAAUCACAGCUUGAAGAAGUUACUCGUGUUAAAAAUGAAGCUGAAAGUCGUUGUUUGCAAUUAUCAAGGGAAAAAAGUGCUAUUCAAACUCAGUUAGAGGAGGCAGAAGAAGAAAUGGCUGAAGUGAUGAAAAAAUAUAAAGCUGCUGUUGCUCAGAUGUCCAUUGAUCAGAAGACAUUAGCCGAGCAGAAUCAACAAAUUGCAGAACUAGAGAGUGAAAGGCAAAUGUUAAAAGACCAACUAAGUGAAGUUAGCCAUAAAUUUGAACAUCUUGCUGGCCAGUCGGAUGAUACACACAAAGUACAUUGGUUGGACAGCAAAAUAAGAGAUCUAGAAUCAAAACUAGAACUAGAACAGACUACCAAAACUCGUCUUGAAAAUCAAAUUGCUCGACUGAAAGAGCAAAAUGAUCGAUCACGAGAAGAAUGUGACUCAUUGCGGAACAAGGAGAUGCAAGCACAAGAAGGAGUUAGGCGUCUUCAAAGGCAAGUGAGAGAUUUGCGGGAAGAUUAUGCAGCCCUGCAACAGAAGGAAGCUGAUGCUUACAGAAAACAACAUGAGCUAGAAAUGGCUCUUGAAAACACAGAAACCGACCUUCAAGUUACCAAAAAUGAUCUGAGAUUAGCAUGCCAAAGAAUUCAAGACCUGCAGAAUGCUCUUGAGGACGAUCUUGAUUCGGGCACUGAUGUUCCUGAUGAUAGUGGUUCUGACAGUGAAGACAGUUUUGAACUGUCCGUUCUUAGAAACCAAAGUGUGACCCCUGUCCAACGAUGUGAUAGCGUUGCGAGUAACCUCAGCUACUGUACGACGGAGGAUAUUCGAUCAAGAACUUCUUCAUUCAGUAGGGAAUUAUCUGCAUUUAGCAGUAGGGAUGAUGUUGAAAAGGACGUCAAUGGAUUAUCUGGGGUGAGCAGUCGAGGACACAACACAGAAGCAGAUGAAAGUAUUAUUUGAAUCAAUAUCUCUCUUCUGGUCCACACACACCCAAAAAGAAGAAACAGGUGGCUGGCCACGGACUUUGUCAAUUACAGAGGCCUGGAGCAUUUUUUCCAUUUUUAUUCUAGGUAAUCAGCCUCUUCUCUUAGGUGCCAUUUUUUACUUGCAAAGAACACUUUCUUUUUCUACUGGCGUCAAUCUUUUGACAAGCAAGCUCUGAGCUUUAUUCAACUGUGAGCAACACAGUGUUUUAUGAUUGAGAUUCAAUAGGGGAUGAUGCAGAGAUGCCAACUUGCUUCGGACAUCGGAUUCAUAUUUUCGAGUGGUAGUCUUUUAAUGUAUGAUUCUUUGUGUAUUAAACUCGAUUUAUAGGAUUUACUCUCGCUACUGCUUCGAAAUAAUGCAGAGGCUCAUAGGAUACGACACUUAGCCUGCAUUCGAGCUGCGUUGAGAGUUUUAAAAAGUUUGAAAAAUUAACUAAAAUCUGCAAAAUUUAGAUUGCAGUUCUCUACCAGUUUUUAAAGUAUUUUGUCUUGCCGGUAGCAGUUGGCAACUCUGGGUAAUGUUGAAACAUGUUUUGAUUGGAUUAGUGAGAAGGGAAAUUACAUUUAGAAACUUAGCAUAAAAGUUUGUUUCUCUGCGUAGCUCUUUUUUUUAAAAAAAAAAUUUUACAAAAUAUUUUUGAGUGUGUUAAUUGGCCUGUUUGCUGCAAUAUUUUUUUUUUCAUUAGUUUAUGUAGUUUGCUAAGUUGCAUUACUUUAUCACCUUUUCUGCAUCUUUUAGUAGUUUUUUUAAUAGUUUAUUUUAUACCCUUUAAUACGUUUUAAUUAAAAUAUAGGGUAACAAAAUUGACUAAAACCUAUAGUUUAACAAGUAGCUGUAAGUGUUUUAAAAGUAUUACUUAUAAAUUUUAAUAUCUUGAAAUCUGUAUGAUAUGUUUAAAAGUUAUUUAUCAUAUUAUCAUAGAUAGCUAUAAAUAUUUUUAAAAAAAUAAAUACAGUCGGACUUCUAUUUAACGAACUUCCAUUUUGCGAUUUUUUUCGAGGAACCAUAGACAUUUUGGAAAUUUCUUCGUAAAAUAACUUCCAAAUAGUGAAGUAAAUUUUCUAUUUAAUGAACUUUUUUUUGAGAUCCACUUUCCCUAUAUCCCAAAAUAUUUCAAACUUGUUAAUGCAUUGAUGGGGGUAGUUACCUUGAAUUAAUUUUCACAGCCACUUAGCUUUUUGAGAAGGCAGUAAGAUCCCUUUCCCAUUUUUGUUCGCAUUUCAUGCAGGAAUUCAUGCCAAAAAUCAAUUUAUAAGAAAGCAUAACUGAUGUUUCUAAAGCAUGGAACUAUGAUAUAACAGAUCGUACUAAUCGUAACAGUUUUGCUAAAGCUGGAUUCUUUGUCAGCGUGGAUAAUUUGGAAAGUGCGGAGGACGAGGAUCUCAUUCCUUUAGAAGAACUUUUAAAAAAAUGUGGGUACAGCGAAGAGAGAACCAUGAAAUUAACGAUGAUGUACGUGAUUAAUGAUUUUCUUUUUUAUUGAUUCUAAAGCUCCAACCGUAGAAACAUUAACUGAAUCGGAUAUUUUGGACAGUGUGAAAAAUAAAAACAAUAAGCCAAUAAAUUGUGAGGAAGAGGAAUACAGAAAUGAUGAAGAAAUCAUCAAACCUUCAUAUGAUGAAAUGCUAAAAUCAUUUGAAACAGUUCGAUAGUGGAUAAUAAUUCACAAGAUAAAGGUGCAUCAAUUGCUAUUUUAAUUAUAUCUAGUGUUUAUGAAUUUAAAACCUGUUUUUUGUUGUUUAGGUAUUACAAAUUAUGAUUUCCUAUUUAAUGAAUUUCCCAUAUAAGGAAUUUUUUAUCUCGAUUUAUCGACUUUGUUAAAUAGAGGUCCGACUGUAAAUGAAUGAAAAAUCCAUUGUUCUAAAUUGCAUUUUUUGCUUUUUAUGCGCUUUAUUUUCUUUUUUUAUAAAAUUAUAUACAAUAUGUUUUGAUAACUUACAUUUAAAUUUCAGAUCAUUCAUAAAACUUAAAAUUAUGCAUAAUUUUCAUAAUGGUAAACUAAUGAACAUUGUUUAAAUGUUCUACAAACUUUCUUCAACUAUAAUAUUUCCCCCUCUUUUUGCUUAGAUAUUUAUCCACGAUAUUAUAUUUUUUUAUAUGCUCUCAAAUUGUUUUAAGUGUAACAUUUAUUUGAUUAUUUAUUGUUUUUCUGUAUAAUUUUUCCCACCUCCUUCUUCCUGAUUUACUAGUUUGCUGGCAGAUUUUUUCAAUUUUGAUGCAUUUUGCAUAUGGGAAAGUACUUAUUUUCAAUGAAGCAAUCUGAACUCAGUGGAGUGGUUUUAUUAAUACGUCCAAAGCUUAGUUAAAUUUAUUAGAUAUUUUCCUUAGAUCUUUAUUUACUUAUUUUAAUGUUGAAAAGUUUCAUUGGUGCCUAUCGGUUUCCGUAUUUUAAAAAUGUUGAACUUCUUUGAUACAUUUUUGUCUAUAACUUUUUAGUAUAAUUGUCUUUGAAAGAAAAACUGUUUGUCUGAAUGAUAUUCUAUUAGCUGUGAAUGCGAUACUUAAAUUUGUGUUACAUGUUACUUGAAGUGUUGUUACAUAUUAUUAUAAUUUAAAUAUUAUUUUAUAAAAAUUAUACGUUAUAUGAGAAUACAUCUGUACACAUUUUUAUACCCAUUAUGACAGAUGGUUUGUUUUGUUUCCUUUAGUAUAUUAGAGCUUGAACAUAUACUAUAAGGGUUUCUCAAAUGAAAAGUGGUCACAUGUGGUAGACACGAGAGCAUUUAAGGUGAAUGUACAGCUUUUCUAUGAAUGAUGUAACCAAAACAGAAUAAUGUUAGCUGGUAUAGUGUUUCAGUGACGGAAGCUACAACGAUGUCCUGAGUUGUAACUCUCCAAUUACCUCUUAUCGUUUCAUCAACAGCAGAAAUAAAUUCAUGGGAAAUCAUGGCAUUUGCUUGCUUUUGGUUUUGAGUGAACUAAUAUUGUGACAUUUAUCUAAGAUAUUGUUUGUCAUAAACGCUAUUUUACAAUAGAUGUCUGCCCUAUGCUCAUUCUUAUGUUUUGGACCCAUAUAUAUCUUAGCAUGACUUUGCAUUCACUUUAAAUGCUUUCUUACAAACUGGUUAUUCAAGAUAAACCAGUUAUCAGCUGUACUGCAAUCUAUAACCAUGAAAGGUAGCACUGCUAUCGCUACUGUAUUUCUGGCACUAUUUUGCAGGUCUCUUUUUAUUUCAACAACCCUAAUGUGUUUGUAUAAAAAAUUUGACUUUCUUGACUGCAAAAUUUAGAACUUUACAAAAUAAACAAAAAGUUAUUGAAUGUUUGCAUAUCAAAUGUUCAUCUAUUAUUAUAGUGCUUAGUUUAUUUUUCGCUGUACAUAAGUUUUAUAAAUUAUUUAUUUAUAUAUUAUGUAUUUAAAUAAAAAAUAUUUGCUUCUUAUGAAAACAAUUGUAAAUUGAAUGAAAAAAUUGUCAAAAUUUGUUUUAAUAUUAAGUUUAUAUUUUUAAACAUAAAGAAAAUUAUAAGUUGAUAUAAUUAGUAUCUAUUAAUGCUCUACUUAGUAUGUUUUUACUGUUUAAAAGUUUAGAGAAAUGGUUGAUAAGUUUAUAGAGGUUUUACUCGAACAGCUAGUAUUUGCUUGAAAUGUUUUACAAUUUAUUUUAUGUCUUUUUCCGAAAUAUAAUACGAUUUAUUUAACGAUUUUUUCCGAAAUAUAUUACGAUUUAUUCACGAAACAUCAACAUUUCUCUAUAAUGUAUAAACAGUGGAAUGUGAAAAAAAAAUUUAGGUUAAUUUUCAAUGUUACAAAUUCGAUUGAUACUUUUAAGUAAUUUUUUUGCGCCGUCUUUGUAUACCAAAUAGCUGAAUAUUUGAUAAUGUGAAGAAAAAAACUCUAUUUCUAAGUAGGCCAUCUGUUGGUAUGUGUUAAAGGUGGCUUUAUUAUUCUGACUGUAUAAUCUUCAUCGCAUGACAUGUGCAUUGUCUUUUUUAUAUAUUUUGUAUAAAUCAAUUUAUACAUGUGUAAGGAAUGAUGAACAUUGCAUACCUUUGUUUUCUAACGCAAUAAAAUGUUUUUAAUUGAA